AUGAGGGCUGGAUUGAGAAGUUUAGCAUAAAAUUUCCGAAAAAUUCAAUUUGUCCAUUCAGCAAUAUUCGUUAGAGAAGAAGAAUAUCAUCAGAAAGAUUUGGAGAAGUCUGCUUUAAAACGUGAAUGCUACAAGCUUACCGGAAAAUUUAAGCACUCUUAGAAGUGCUUAAAUUACAAGAAAGAGACUAAACUUGUUCAAAUCUGCAAAUUGAUGGCAACUGGAUUGAUGGAGAACAACAGAACAUAAAGAGAAAUUUACUUGAUUAGAAGUGCUUUCCAUCGAAUCUUUGAAGAGUAUUGA